CCUUCUCUUUUUAUUUUUAUGGGGGUGGGUGCUGCUUGUUCUACGCUUACCUUUUUCUUUCCUUUUUUCAUUUUUACAAAUUUCCUUUUUUCUCCUCACCCCUCAAUUAUCAGGGGCUCGAGUGAGUUUAAGAUUGUGUUUUCUCGGAAAUCACCAGUACAUCAUUAAUUUUAAACAAUCUACUCAUCUCCAAAGAAUCUCUUCCUUAUUGCAGUUUGGAAUGUGGUUAAUGAAAAACAAGUAGGGAGGAUUUCUGGGGCAAACACUGCCGGAUCAGGACCGUAGUUCUCAGGCACGGAAUGGCUAGUGUGAGAAACACCAACGGCAGGACCAUCUCAGAUCUCCGCCAUGACAACUCAUGCAAGAAGAUGUUGAAUUAGACCCAUUUCCUAUAGAUGAGAAACCAUACAAGCAGUGACUUUAACUCUAUGAGGGUCGGGGCUGUGAUGUAUUUAUCUCACUAAAUCAGAACCUACCAGUGCCUGAGAUGGAACUGGCUUCCUUCAGGACGGCAGAUUGGGUGACUGUCAGCAGAGUUGGCAGUAACAUGCAUCUUCGUUCCAUGUAGCUGAAACUGGAGCAAAACUCACCUCCCUCUAAGGAAUAAACAUUCUUACCUAUAGUCUGACUGGUCCAACUCAGCUUGUACACUACCCUGGAGCAUCAUGGGGUCAAGGAAUACUGCUUAAUGAUUGGUAUUUAUGAGCCUCCAUUUCUUAUACUACUGCAGUGAACCAACCUUGGAUGUGAAAAUUGCCUUUUGUCAGGGAUUCGAUAAACAAGUGGAUGUGUCAUAUAUUGCCAAACAUUACAACAUGAGCAAAAGCAAAGUUGACAACCAGUUCUACAGCGUGGAAGUGGGAGACUCAACCUUCACAGUUCUCAAGCGCUACCAGAAUCUGAAGCCUAUUGGCUCUGGGGCUCAGGGAAUAGUUUGUGCUGCGUACGAUGCUGUCCUUGACAGAAAUGUGGCCAUUAAGAAGCUCAGCAGACCCUUUCAGAACCAAACACACGCCAAGAGAGCGUACCGGGAGCUGGUCCUCAUGAAGUGCGUGAACCAUAAAAACAUUAUUAGUUUAUUAAAUGUCUUCACACCCCAGAAAACGCUGGAGGAGUUCCAAGAUGUUUACUUAGUAAUGGAACUGAUGGAUGCCAACUUAUGUCAGGUGAUUCAGAUGGAAUUAGACCAUGAGCGAAUGUCUUACCUGCUGUACCAAAUGCUGUGUGGCAUUAAGCACCUCCACUCUGCUGGAAUUAUUCACAGGGAUUUAAAACCAAGUAACAUUGUAGUCAAGUCUGAUUGCACAUUGAAAAUCCUGGACUUUGGGCUGGCCAGGACGGCAGGCACAAGCUUCAUGAUGACUCCGUACGUGGUGACGCGUUAUUACAGAGCCCCCGAAGUCAUCCUGGGAAUGGGCUACAAGGAGAACGUGGAUAUAUGGUCUGUGGGAUGCAUUAUGGGAGAAAUGGUUCGCCACAAAAUCCUCUUUCCAGGAAGGGACUAUAUUGACCAGUGGAAUAAGGUAAUUGAACAACUAGGAACACCAUGUCCAGAAUUCAUGAAGAAAUUGCAACCGACAGUAAGAAACUAUGUGGAGAAUCGGCCCAAGUAUGCGGGACUCACCUUCCCCAAGCUCUUUCCAGAUUCCCUCUUCCCAGCGGACUCUGAGCACAACAAACUCAAAGCUAGCCAAGCCAGGGACUUGUUGUCCAAGAUGCUAGUGAUCGACCCAGCAAAGAGGAUAUCGGUGGAUGACGCCUUACAGCACCCCUACAUCAACGUCUGGUACGACCCUGCUGAAGUGGAGGCGCCUCCACCUCAGAUAUAUGACAAGCAGCUGGAUGAAAGAGAGCACACCAUCGAAGAAUGGAAAGAACUUAUCUACAAGGAAGUAAUGAAUUCAGAAGAAAAGACUAAGAAUGGAGUAGUAAAAGGACAGCCUUCUCCUUCAGGUGCAGCAGUGAACAGCAGUGAGAGCCUCCCUCCAUCCUCGUCUGUCAAUGACAUCUCCUCCAUGUCCACCGACCAGACCCUGGCAUCCGACACUGACAGCAGCCUGGAAGCCUCGGCGGGACCCCUGGGUUGUUGCAGGUGACUAGCCGCCUGCCUGCGAAACCCAGCGUUCUUCAGGAGAUGAUGGGAUGGAACACACACACACACACACACACUCACACACUCACACACUCACGCACACACACAAAUGCAGACACGCCCCGUCAAGAAAACAGCAAGGGAAUUCGAGCCUAAAAUCGAAACAAAUCUUUCAGCCUGCUUCUUCCCCAGAGUCCUGUAUUGCAGCUCAGCUCAAAUGCAUAUUUAACUUCUAGUUGCUCUUGCUUUGGUCUUCUUCCAACGAUGCUUACUCCAGAGAGCCAAUCAAACACAAUUAGAGAAGCCUUUUCCAUAAAGUGUCAUUUUAAUGGCUGCCAAACCAGCAACCUGUAACUGCCCUCUCAAACGGCAUGACAAGGUGUGCAGUGGCCCCGUCCAGCAUGUGUGUGUCUCUAUCUUGCAUCUACCUGCUCCUUUGGCCUAGUCAGAUGGAUGUAGAUACAGAUCCGCAUGUGUCUGUAUUCACACAGCACUAGUCACGUAGAGAUGCUACUGCCAGUGUCCUCAGGGCUCUGCCGAGACAUCGCGCACUGGGGUACCACCCGGUCCAUUUCAUGUGAUCUAUUACUCUCACAUAAACCCAUCUGUAAUAUAUUGCCAGUAUAUAAGCUGUUUAGUUUGUUAAUUGAUUAAGCUGUAUGUCUUAUAAGAAAACGUGUAAAGGGGGAAAACAUGGGGGGGAGUGAGCUCUCUUGGACCCUUGGAGAUGUAGCUUCCAAGUUUGAACCGAUUAAAUGGCACCUGUAUACCAA